CCGGUACCUAGAUAUUUCUAAUUCCGCUCAAUUUCCUCAGAGAUUGCGCCGGUCGAAACUACAGACCAGGACCCAACUGGUGGGCUAGCUCCGGAUCACGAGAUUCCCGAAAGUGUCCUUUCUUCUCCAGUACUCUCCCCACCUUCCACUGCGACACAAGCUCAAGAGGAGAUAAGCAGUGGUAUUUCGGAUAUGUCGAAGUCCAAGGAUGGUAGCUCCUCCGGGGGCUUUCAUCAGGAGUACAUUGCUUCUUUGCGCUAUCGUAAUGACCUUCCACCUCCUGAUAUGCCCCCGAAGCUUCUCGAUAUCCCGCACAACGGAUUGGAGCGUUUUCUCACACCAGGCUUUGCCUCUAACUUGGCACGUCGCGAGGAACCAAACAUUGACGUAGAUGCGGAGGGUGGUAUGCCGAUUGACCUUGUUGGCAUCCCAGGUCUGCACUUGGGUGACGAGAGUGCAAUUAUGGCGCCCGAUAAUCCGGAACCCAUCGACCCCGCUGACCUCCCUCUUUUAAUGACUUUGGAUCAGCUGAGAAACCCUGCACCCAGGAAUGCGAAUGUAAGCUUUCUUCGCCGUACGCAGUACAUUUCGGCCGGUAUUAGAGCGCCGGAUGGUACCAAAGUCGCGCCUGUCCGAUCGAAAUCUCGCCCAGCUGAGAAAGCGAAGUCCCAGGACGAUCCCGCUUAUAUCAAAAAGUACAUACAAAAGGGAUUUGACAUUGCCUACCCCGACAGCAAACACAUUGGAGAAGACACCUCGAGCAAAAUCAAAGGUCAUAUGCCGACAAAACCUGAAGUUGAUGCUUGGGCCAAUCCUGUUCAUCCUGAUAACCCUAAGCUGAAGCCCGUCGGUUUCUUUCCUCUUCUACCUGACCUCCAAGGGUUCCCAGACCCUGGUGGGUUCGUCCAAUUCAAAUUCGACAAAGCCCCUGUCCAAGAUGUCUCCGGAAAGCGGGACAGACGCAUGGACACCGGCAUUCUACUCCCCUCGGCACCAGAAGAGCGUGUAUGCGAGGAACACGCGACGAAAGUGGCUCUGCAUAAGACGAAUCCCAGGCUGUACCCCGAUCCUGGGCCAAUCCCCUGGGAUUACGAUCUGUUCCUGCCUGAAAAGAAGGACUCGAUCAAGAACGUUCUCGCAAGCUUGCAGAUCUUUAAUCCCGACCGCAACAAUGAGGAACUGUACACCCACCAAGGGCCUGAUCAUUCAAAAUUUCACCGCUUCGAUCGCACGCGUACUUAUGCUACUAGCGCUCAGACUCUUGGCGGCGAUAACAGGCAAAAAGAUAUAGCACUGACGCUUUUCGAUCCUUCAGAGGCAAAGGGAGAUCACUUGUCCUCGAAGCAAAAAGCCGCAUACUAUUACCCAAUUCUCGGAAAGACACGUCUGAAGCCUGAAAGAGCCCGUACAAUUGCACAGGCAGGGUUGGCUCCUACCCGUCCUAAGACGAAGGAAGACCAGGUUGAUCAACUACAAGUUGUUGUCCGUGAUCCAGAUGAGGCGGAGGUGUACAAGCGCGCCCUACAUAGGGCAGCUAUUGAUCCCAGGUUUGCCAAGUCCCUACCUCCAGCUCCCGAAGGCGCGAACGAUGAGCAUGAGUCUCAGGAGAAGACUGUCUCGGGGGACCGUGAGAUGAGUGUUGAAGAGGCUGAUAGGAUGAGUGACGAGUAACUGAGCGUUCCCGGCCCCCCUCUCUGUCUUCAUAUGACUCUCUUUUAGAAUUACGAUUAUGGCUGUAUAUGUUUCUUUUGCCCUCUGCACAUCCUCAUACCCUUUUCGUAUCAUCAUAAUGAGAUACUUUUGGUCCUCGUUGCCUUUGCAUCACUCUCAGCAGGGUGUUUGGGCAAACGGCUGAACGUGGUUGGCUUCUCAUUGGUGUCAAGGCUGCAAAACAUGGCGUUGGCUGGCAUGACUACACUUGGAUUUCAAUUAGCGAGAACCUUGUCUCAUUUUGUUAUUUAUUUGGCUGUAUUUCUUUCUUUUGCAGUGUAGCAUUCGUCGGCACAGAUUCAAGGAGGGACAAGUUAUUAUUGCCAAUGCAUACCAUUGCAUGAAGAUAUCUGUUGCUGUGUGUAGG